AUGGUACAUUACCCCGACUACACAACUGUGUUAGACGUAAGCGGUAUAGACUUUCCCAUGACGCUCGAACAGAUCGGCAAGUUCGAGCGCGGGAACGACAUAUCGAUAAACGUCUUCGUCGAGGAUGACGAUGGCAAGCGAGGGGUUAUCGUUCCGCUGCGUCUAACCGAGCACAAGCACGACAAACACGUCAACCUGCUGUGCCUACACUACUUCCAAACCGCAGAGCGACUGUCCGCUCACACCGUCGACUGCGAGAGCAUAAACGACUGCGCGAUAAUUCUUCCCAGCGAGGACGAUAAGCUGCUAGCCUUCCAGAACCACAAGAGGAAGGAGCGUGCACCAUUCGUCGUCUACGCCGACCUCGAGUGCACGCUGGAAAAGAACGAAGAGGAGGAGGGUACUGCCAACACCGGCGCGUAUCAUCGGCACAGGGCGUUCAGCGUGGGAUACUACGUGCGUUGCGCGUACGACGAGUCGUUGUCCGUGUACAGAUCGCAACGUGGUGAGGACUGCGUGUCGUGGUUCGUCGGCGAGCUCGGUGAUCUGGCGCGACGUGUCAAGGCGAUCCUCACGUCCAACGUGCCGAUGAGGGACCUCACCCCGGAGCAGUGCAAGUGUGAGGAACUUCGCGACGCCGCGCUGUGCCACGUGUGCGGUAAACCGUUCGCGGCGGGUGACACCCGGGUGCGCGAUCACUGCCACCUCACAGGUCGUUACAGAGGCCCGGCGCACUCGACGUGCAAUCUAAACUAUAAGGACUCUCACGUUAUCCCCGUGAUAUUCCACAAUCUCUCCGGGUACGACGCGCACUUCAUCAUUGAGGACGUGGUGAACGUCUUCGAGGGUAGCGUGGAGUUACUGCCGCUGACGAAGGAGCGGUACAUCGCGUUCACGAAGAACGUCGCGAACACCGAGGACAGGUACGGAUGCAGAACGUGCGUGAAACUGCGGUUCAUAGACUCGUAUCAAUUUCUCAGCGCCAGUCUCGACACACUGGAGUCCUAUCUCGACAGGAGCAACAUGCGAAUCCUAUGGUCGGAGUUUCGGCAUCUUUCCGCGGAGGAUUUCCAGCUCCUAACGCGGAAAGGUGUAUUUCCGAACGAGUACGUUGAUAGUGCCGAGAAACUGCUCGAGAUUCGUUUACCGCCGCGCGAGUCGUUCCACAGUUCGUUGACCGGUGAAACGGUAUCCAGUGACGAUUACGCGCACGCGAUAACAGUAUGGGAUAGGUUCUCCAUUGAGACUCUCGGACAGUACAGCGACCUGUACCUGAAAACGGACGUUCUCCUCCUGGCGGAUGUGUUUGAAAAUUUUCGCGACACGUGCAUACGAAGCUACGGUCUAGACCCGGUACACUACUUCACCCUACCGGGCUACACGUGGGACGCGAUGCUGCUGCACACGGGCAUCGAGUUCGAGCUGCUGACGGACGUGGAUAUGGUGCUGUUCGUGGAACGCGGCGUGCGCGGCGAGCUGAGUCAAUGCUCGGACAGAUACGCGCGAGCCAAUAACAGAUACGCACCGUCAUACGAUCGGUCCGAGCCGUCAACGUACCUCAUGUACUUCGACGUGAACAACCUGUACGGAUGGACCAUGUGCCAACCGUUGCCCAGCUCGGGGUUUCGCUGGGUCGAGGACAUCUCGACACUGGACGUGAACGCGAUUCCUCCAGACUCACCCACCGGGUACAUCCUCGAGGUCGAUCUGAAGUAUCCGCGGUAUCUUCACGACGCGCAUGCGGACCUGCCGUUCUGUCCUACGCGCAAGGCACCGCCCGAUAAGCGGCAGGAAAAGCUACUCGCGACUCUGCGCGAUAAGGAGCGGUACGUGAUACACUACCGCACCUUGCAGCAAUGCACGCGCCACGGUCUGCGCGUCAAGAGGAUUCACCGCGCGUUGGAGUUCGCGCAGUCGGCAUGGCUUCGGGACUAUAUAGAGCUGAACACCGGAUUUAGAACGCGUGCGACGAACGACUUCGAGAUGAACCUGUACAAGCUGAUGAAUAACGCUGUUUUAGGUAAGACGAUGGAGAACGUGCAAAAUCGCGUCGAAGUUAAACUCGUGACGCGCUGGGAGGGGAGAUACGGUGCCGAGGCUCUGAUCUCGCGACCCAACUUCCACAGCCGAGCCGUGUUCGGGGAGAAUAUCCUCGCCGUGGAGCUGCGCAGACUGAAGGCGACGUUCAACCGGCCGAUAUACGUGGGGAUGUGCAUACUGGACAUCUCGAAGACGCAUCUGUACGAGUUUCACUAUUAA